AUGGACGGCCUGGACGAUCGAGCACAAGCCACCUUGAGUAGCAUUGUGGAACAGUUGUACACCAGUGAAACGGUUCAAGUCAAGCAUAAACAAAUCGACCAACGACCAAUUGUGGCCAGACGAUUGGUCUUAAGAAGUGGGAUCUCUAUACAAGGCUUGGUGUGGUUGCAAGAAGCACUCUUGUACAAUCAUGAACAACAAAAGCGACAGGAUCGAAAGGUGAAGCAACUUUUUCGCAUUGAAGCACUGGAAGUAUGCUCCUUGCAAGAUACCACUGUACUUGCCAAAGUCUUUAAACUUUGUCGGACUUGCAAUAUCACUCAAUUGACGCUGACUAGCUAUCUUUCCUACUCACGGGGUCGCCAUGCACUAGUAGCACAGACCAUUCGAUCUGGAUUGUUAGGGAUUGACUUGGAAUCAUUGCCCUUGGAGGAGGGUCCUAAUGGCAGCAAUAAUAACAAUCUGGGAUUCUAUGAUCCCAUGACUGGACAGCAUGGAGAGACCCAACAAGCAUUGGAUCGAACACGAACCAUUCGGAUAGGCAAUGCUCCAAGUACAACCAAUUUAGAAUACCUGGAACUAAGACAAUAUCCAAUUGGAGCUGAAGGAACCAAGAUUAUGGCUGCCUUUCCAGUUUGUACUGCCACUCCGACGACUUCGUCCUCCUCGUCGUCUCAACUCAAGAUUGGCAAUGGGGGUUUGCACACUCUGAAAAUGAUUGACUGCGAUUUACAAUCCGAUUGUGCAAAAGACAUGGCCAAGAUGAUUCAGUACUCGACCAAUUUGAGAGUGCUGGAUAUUAGUGACAAUCGAAGUCUCACGGGUGCUUCGCUGGUGGCAAUGGAAAUGUUCCUCAAGACUCUUGUCAAACAUGGCAUGCAAGAUAAUCUCAGCUUGGUACAGGUCGAUAUGGAUGGAGUAGAUCCCCGAAAAUUGAAUCGCAAACGACUCAAUCGGCAUUUGGAUAUCAAUCGAUUGCUUUGGGCCUAUUCCACUCUGACUGAGCCACCGCCGCCAUUGGAAGGAACUGCGGAAUCGUCGCCAUCCACUGAUGAUGUGGGCCCAUUGCACCCACCACCAAUCCCAAGGGUGGGUGAAGACACUCAAUCCGUGUACGGUCUUCACCCGGCACUCUUUUGUCAGUUGCUUGGAAGGGUCUCCAUCAAACCAGCAGCUACCUACUACUUUUUGCAACAAAACAUUACCACCAUGUUUGCUUAG